AUGCUUCAGUUGCUCCUGACUGCUCUCGCUCUCGCGGCAGCUUCUCGCGCUGCACAUGCGCCUGGGAAGUUUGAAGUUCUGGUCACGUUCGGUGAUUCGUAUACGGACACCGUUGCAGUCAGCAACAACGGAACACAAUGGCCGGUUUACGCCGCCGGUUACGCCAACGCCACUCUUUACCCGUAUGCGCGCUCGGGCGCUCCUUGCAGUCAGGCUUUAACUCCUCGGCCGUUCCCUGCGGUCGUCGAGGACGAGAUACCGCUCUAUCUGACUGAGAAAGCGAACGGAAGCGUUGUAGUCCCUCCGAAGGACAGUCUGUACACUAUCUGGAUUGGAACCAAUGAUGUUGGACCAAAUACCUUGCUCACCGGCACGAAUGUCGUCGGAAACACGACCAUUGUUGACGUCACAGCCUGUGCCGUCGAGUGGGUAAGUACCCUGUACCACAGCGGUGCUCGAAACUUCCUGCUCCAAAACAUGCUCCCACUUGAUCGUACACCCCUGUACUCCAUCGACUCGUAUCCAAAUAGGUAUUGGUUGCUUGAAAGGAACACGACAUCGUGGAAUCUGGAGAUGAAGCAGCUUGUUGCAGCAGGCAAUAGUAUAUCCAAACUCAUGCUUCGCGCUCUUGCACCGUCUCUUCCCGAAGCUCACAUCGGUUAUUUUGACUCGCACGCCUUGUUCACCGAUAUCCUCGACAGUCCGGCAGAUUAUCUAAAUGGCACCGCACCCUUGAAUACGACAUCGUGUAUAGACGCAUGCGUCUAUCAGCUCAACGAGCCCAAGAGCGACCCUGGAGUGUGCACCGUGGCGCACGGCUCCGAUGCUGAUAGCUUCGUGUGGUACGAUGAACUGCACCCCUCUGAACAAUCUGACCGGAUUGUUGCACGGGAAAUCGCAAACAUCCUGGAAGGCAAGGGUAGCAAAUACGCCUCAUGGUUCAGCUAA